UGGCAGAGUAUGAAUAGAUAAAAAAAAUUAACACAGAAAAUGAAAAAAAAAAAAAAAUCUUCACUCUCUUCAUCUAUCUCUCGACGAAAACAGAUGAGAACCAAAACAUCGGUUUGAUCGAAAUCCCUAGAAUCGCUGCAUCUCCUCCUCUUUCUCUCUCUCUCUCUCUAGGGUUUAAGCGCCCACGACCUGGUCUUUCACAGAGCUCUAUCAAUGGCGAAACCUAAAUCCGUCGAUCCCUCCCUCUGGUGGGAUCCGUUUGGCUCUCUUCUCACCGAACUCGAGAAUGCAUCUCUCUCCGAUGACCUCCCUCAGCCCAUCGCGGACAAGUUGGAGAAAAACCACGCCUGGUUCGUAAACACCCUGUCGAUGUUCAAGUCACCGAGUGGGAAAUCAAAAGAUGCUUUGCAUUCGGAUGUAGUCAAGGUUAAUGAGCACCAGCUGAAUCUAGAUGAAAUUCAAUCAUACAUCCUCGUGGAAAGAUCGACGAAGCAGGAGUAUAGAACAACUGACUCGGAGGCACAACCAAGGAUGGUGAUGCCUUUGUGGAAAGCCAAGUUGGAGGAACCAAAACAAGAUCAGUCUAAUGCUUCAGUGAUGAUUGUUGAUAACUCCACAAGUGCAGGAGGGCGAGAAGAAGAAGAGGAUAUAUCUCUCAAGGAAGGCGUUGGGUUCAAAUAAAUAGGCGUAAGUUUUGAACUAUUUUAGCUUUUAAAAAUUCAGUAACAAUGAAAAAUUGUUACAAGAAGAAGGCAUAGAAGCUAUUCUCUUUUAAUUAGAAACAUAAUUUUGUUUAUGUAUUAAUCUGAAUUUGUAAUAUAUAUAGAAAAAAAAAAUUAAGACACUUAUCAAAAUGUCUUCAUUGUAUGCUUAAAAAUAAAAAAAAUCUUACAAAGUGUUUUAACUACAUAAAGUGUACAAAAUAUUAAUAAUUAAUCAUUAAGACUCCUUUUUGUGGUGUUACCAUUGAAAUUGCUUUAAAGGUUUUUCUAUAUCGUAAAAGUGUGGAAUUUUACAAAGACUUCCAAAUAAAAUCAGAAAUCAUGAGAAAAAAAUAGAAUUUAUGCCUAAAGACAGUGUUCUGUUGCAGUUUAUAUAACUCCUACUGGUUUAAAAAGAUUCGAAGAAUGGGAAGCCGCUGAAAAAUCUCACAAGAGGUUCGAUGGGAAGAGCUUAUUACUAACAUAUUAUUAUUAUUGCUAGCAGAUGAGAAACACAGAGAUCAUUGAUUGCUACAUUGAUUUCCUACUCUUUUUUUUUUUUUUAAUUUGCGAUAGGGCCCAUUAUAACCAUGAUUUAAAUAAAAUAGGGAAAACAUGAUUAAAAAGCUUUAUAUAGACACGAGUGGUAGCCUUUCGUACUAUGUCUACUAAGAUCAACUGAAAUUAUAGAUUUUUUUUUUUUGGUGCAAUCCAAAAUUAUAGAUGAAGUCUGGUUCAUACAAGAAGACAAAAUCAAUAUAUGAAAAGGCUUGUUUAAUCUCAAAAAUUAUGUACUUCAAAUUAUAUAUUGUAAUCUUGUUUGGCUAUAAUUAUAGAAAUUGUUAAAGAAUGUAAAGGAAAUUGUAAAUUGACUGAAAG